GGCGAAACUAAAUUUUGUAUUUAUUAAAAUUUACAACUAAAUUGAAACUUCAAUUACAUAAAAAAUGUUACAUUAACUGCAGAAUAAUGCUAUUAGAAAGGAUAUCAUGUGCGCGAUAACCAAAAUUGUGUAAAUGGUGCGUUUUAUGACAUUAAAAAUAUUUCCUGCGAAUUUGACAAACGCGAAACCUUUUGCUUUCGUCGCAAUUGUGAAGAGUGCGAUGAUAACAAAUUAGAAGAAAAUUUAUGCAUAAAAAUUUGUUUCAUAACAUCGGACGAGGAUUAAUGAUAAAAAACGAAAACAGAAGAAACCCGAAGUAAAAUAGAAACAAGUAGGGGGUGAAGAAGCAAGUGAAAAAGACAGAAGCAGUGUCUGGUGAUUACAGCUGAUUAAACAUUCCCAAGGACGUCUAAGGAGAUACAAUAUUAGUGAAACGUCGCGUGGAGAAACAUCAGCAGCAUAGUAUAACUCAUACUAGUUUCACGGAGAAAAAUCUUCUUCGAGAAACGGAACCGGUAGAGAUGCAACAUUACAAUCAUAGUAAUGGUCAACACUCUCCUAAUUCAUCACACAUGUCGAUGCACAGCGAAGAUACAUACGCAAUUGCCCAACGAACACACAAACAACAAACAACGCAACAAGUCACGACUGUCACGAAAGUUGUUCGUGAAGUGAAACAUCUUGGACCGGCAGACGGUGAACCAUUGGAUUACGUAGCGAUGCCACUCCAAGUCGGUCCUAAUGGACAACCAGUUCCAGUUGAUUACGUGAUGGGAGUUUAUCCACCACACUCUCAAUACAUGAAUUAUAAUCAUAUGGAUCCAUCAGCGGCAGUAGCAGCGGCAGCAGCUGGCAUGUAUGUUGGUGAUCCUGGAGCUGGCGGUGGACAAUAUCACCCGCACUACCAGGAUUACGAACAAUAUCCAGCUGCUGGCCAAUACGCCAAUUCCAAUUAUCCUGGAAGUGGCGGCAGUGUAAGUGGCGGUAAUGGUCUUGAAGCUGUUGGUCCAAAUCAAAGUUAUCUGAGUAAGUUUACUUUAAAUGAACGUGCGACAACUCCACCAUCGCCUAGUGAACAUGCCAGCUCAAAUUCUCCACAUCAGCUUGCUGGUGUUCAUCACCAAGUUCCACAAGGUGCUGCUGGAGUUGCCUACUUGCAAGCACAAUAUGAUGAUUACAGGAUAACGCCAUCCCCAGGUGGUGCACUAGAUCGCGGUUAUGCUGAUGAUCCGGCAGCUUUGGUCUAUGGCUAUGUGUCAACAUCCCCUUAUGGUACGACGAAUGUUGCGGCCCUUCAACCGAUUGGUGCUGGCGGUGUUAAUCCAACUUAUGAUACGCGAGGUUUUGCAGUCACAGCUGGCGUUGACGACGAAGAUGAUGAACUUCAAAAGCAUAUGGCGAACCUCUCGAUGCAUAACCAUCAACUUGGUGGUGUAACAAAUGCUGGCGAUGAUCAAAGUGGCGUAGGACAAAUGCGAUGGCGUGAUCCGAACCUUACUGAAGUCAUCAGCUUCCUAAACAAUCCAAAUAAUGUGAUUAAAGCGAAUGCAGCUGCAUAUUUGCAACAUUUAUGUUACAUGGACGAUCCAAACAAACAACGAACGCGUGCACUCGGCGGCAUUCCAAUUUUGGUGAAGCUUCUAGGACAUGAAAGUCCAGAAGUUUAUCGUAAUGCGAGUGGCGCGUUGAGAAAUCUUUCAUAUGGACGACAAAAUGAUGAAAAUAAGCGUGCAAUAAAGAAUGCAAAUGGCAUUCCAGCUCUUAUCAAUCUUUUAAGAAGAUCAACUGAAAGUGACAUCAAGGAACUCAUCACUGGUGUCAUUUGGAACAUGUCGUCAUGUGAAGAUCUUAAGCGGUCAAUUAUUGAUGAUGGUUGUGGUGUAAUUGUCACUUACAUCAUCAUUCCACAUUCGGGUUGGGAUCCAAUAAAUCCUGGCGACACAUGUUGGAGUACUGUGUUCAGAAAUGCCAGUGGAAUCUUACGUAAUGUUAGUUCAGCUGGUGAAUAUGCGAGAACAAAGUUACGUGAAGCAGAAGGCUUAAUUGAUGCACUUUUAUAUGUUGUGAAGAUGGCGAUUGAGAAGACAAACAUUGGCAACAAGAUUGUUGAGAACUGCGUUUGUAUUUUAAGAAAUCUUUCGUAUCGAUGUCAAGAAGUUGAAGAUCCAAAUUAUGAUAAGCAUCCAUUACCACAACCAACGAGAUCAUCGGCAACGACGAAGAGUGAAAAUCUUGGAUGUUUUGGUGCAAGUAAAAAGAAGAAAGAUCAACAGAAUAGCAGCACUAAUGGUGAUGGCAAAGAUGGACCUGUGAACAUGGUUGGAAGUAAUGGCGGAAUUCCAGGUCAAAGCAAUGGUGCUGCAAGUUCUAGUGGCAAUUCACUUUCAUCCCGAAACAAUUCACUGCAAAGAAAUGAUCCGCCAAAAGGCUACGAGCUUCUAUGGCAACCAGAAGUCGUUCAAUCUUAUCUUGCACUACUUCAAAGUUGCAGUAAUCCUGAGACACUUGAAGCAGCUGCUGGUGCAUUACAAAAUCUUGCCGCAUGUUAUUGGCAGCCGAGUAUUGAGAUACGUGCUGCUGUGAGAAAAGAUAAAGGUCUACCAAUACUUGUUGAACUUCUAAGAAUGGAAGUUGAUCGAGUUGUUUGUGCUGUUGCGACAGCACUUCGUAAUCUUGCCAUUGAUCAGCGAAAUAAAGAGUUGAUUGGAAAAUAUGCAAUGCGCGAUUUAGUACAAAAAUUACCAUCAGGUAAUGCGCAACAUGAUCAGGGAACGUCAGAUGAUACCAUAGCAGCUGUGCUUGCAACACUCAAUGAGGUGAUUAAGAAGAAUGCUGAAUUUUCGAGGUCACUUCUCGAUGCUGGCGGCGUUGAACGACUCAUGAACAUUACACGACAAAGACAAAAAUAUACGCCACGAGUUCUUAAAUUUGCCGGUCAAGUGCUAUUCACAAUGUGGCAACAUCAAGAUCUAAGAGAUGUUUAUAAGAAGCACGGUUGGAAGGAGCAAGAUUUCGUGACAAAGACAAUUGCUGCACGAAAUGCUGCACCAAAUUCACCGAAUAAUGUUAUCAGCACCUUAAACCGUCCAAUGGCGUCACAGAGUGGAACGAGAUAUGAAGAUAGCACAAUGAAACGUCAACCGGGUGGUGGUCAUUCAAGGGAAGCUGGCAAUGCUAGUGGUGGAACAAUGUACCAACGGGGUGAAGAUGGCCAACGGUACCAACAACAGAUGCAGGGAAAUGGACCUUUAUAAGUUGAUUUAAACAUUACACAAUGAUUGCAUGUUUUCGUCAUGUGUCAAGUUUAUAAGAAAAAUCAUCUUAUCCUUUAAUCAAAUGAAUAAUACACAACAACAGAUUAAAAAGAAUUGUAGUGCAUUUAGUGAUUUUACAUUUCUAUCAAUAUAAGACAACAAAAUAUAAAAAGAAAUUUGUGUGUGAAUCGGAAAAAUGUUGUUUUUGUUCAACUAAUGUAACAAAAAGCAAACUGAAACCUUUUUAAAAAUUGACCUGAUGGACGUGGGAAAACAUCACAUCACUCAAAUCAAGACAACCAACAGAUAUAAAAUAAAAACAAAGUUUUAAGUGUAAUUAAUCAAAUGUUUGAGGCAGAACAUGAAAAUUAAAACAGUAAAGUUGAUCAAUUACAUGAAAAAAAAAAUUAAAUAAAUAAAAAGCGAGGGAGAAACAUCGAAGUGGACAAAUUGUUUGUGUCACGAGCUUUUAAAUAAAAAUGGGACACAAAAUGCUUUGGGCCCGGUUGAUGAACACUGAAAUGAGAUUGAAUGUAAAUAAAAAUUAAUUAAUUAAAAAUGACACCGGACAAAUGAGAAAGAGAAAAAGUGAAGGCAAACUGAUGCGCGAGUGUGGAAAGCUCUGCCAAAUAAUGCAU